AUGUGGAGCCUUCCUUGUAAGCUUCCAGUACUUGCAGUGAGUGAUGUUAAUCACGAUGAUCGCGCAAUUUUCGCUGCAGCAACAGGUGAUACUAUCGGGUUAUGUCGACUUAUUGCUGAAGGCUUCGAUGUGAAUGCCUCGCUAAACGGCACAACAGUACUUCACAUUGCCAUUGAACACGACCAGAGCGUUGCGACGGAAUUCCUUUUGUUGAAUGGCGCCAAACUGAAUGCAUUGGACUCGUCUUUGAACAGCGCUCUUCAUAUUGCCGCUUCAAAGGCGUGCACUUUGAUUGUAUGUCAGUUAAUAAAACGUGGUGCCAAUCAGCAUCUGCGAAAUCGGUCCGGUGAGACGCCGCUGGAUUUGGCUGUUGAAGGCAAACAUGCCGACAUCGUGACAUUGUAA